AUGACUGAUCCAAUAUCAGAUUGGUUAGAAGAUUCGAUAUCGUAUCUACCAUCGUUUCUGGACGACCCGUAUGAAUCGACCAAUAUCAUCGAUGACCAUUGGUGGGCACCGGCUCAAGACCUACAACAACAUCUCUUAACCACUACUCUUCUUACUUCCAACGCUCUGAACAAUUCAACAUGUACAAACGUUCCGGAUCCUCUUAUUGUUUCAGAUCAUCCAAAGCCGGUAGUGUCGGAUUUGUCAAAGAAACGGAAAGCUCCCGAGGACCUCGUGCCAAGGCCUGCGGUGCAGGUUAAGAGCAAGAGGGGGCAAGGAAAGUCGACAAAGGAUGGGUGUAGUAAAGUUAACAACAAAAACGGGAGGUGGGCAGAACAGCUGCUCAUGCCGUGUGCUGCCGCCAUCACCGCCGGAAACGUGACACGUGUCCGGCACCUCCUCUUCGUCCUCCGUGAACUGGCCUCGCCAACCGGAGAUGCCAACUACCGGCUGGCCUCUCACGGCCUGCAAGCUCUCACCCUCCAUCUCUCUUCCACCAAGGUGGCUGCCCCUGCCAUCAGUUUCUCUACCGUGAAACCGAGAUUCUUCCAACAAUCUCUCAUCAACUUUAACGAUAUCAAUCCAUGGUUCACCAUUCCUAACAACAUCGCCAACAACUCCAUCCUCCAGGUCUUGGCAGAACACGACCGUGGCUCACGUGCUAACCUUCACAUACUUGAUAUUGGAGUCUCCCAUGGGGUACAGUGGCCGACGCUACUGGAAGCAUUGAGUCGUCGACCAGGUGGACCGCCACCAUUGGUUCGACUCACCGUGGUACCACCAACAUUCGAGGACCAUCAAAUCCCAUUUGCAAACAGCCCACCUGGCUACAAUUUCAUCUCAAACAUUCUCCGGUUUGCCAACGAAUACAAGAUUAACCUGCACAUCAACAGACUGGACAACUACCCUCUACAAAAUCUAAAUCCCCAAAUCAUCAAAUCAUCCCCAGAUGAAACCUUAAUUGUUUGUGCUCAGUUUAGACUUAACAACCUAAACCACAACAACCCAGAUAAUAGAACAGAGUUCUUGAAACUGAUGCGAACCCUGGAGCCCGAAAGAGUGAUUUUGAGUGACAACAACAUGGACUGCAGUUGCAACAUCUGCAGCAACUUCGAGACAGGAUUCGCAAGGAGGGUGGAGUACUUAUGGAGUUUCUUGGAUUCAACAAGUGUGGCGUUUAAAGGGAGAGAAAUGGAAGAAAGAAAGAUGAUGGAAGGGGAGGCUUCAAAGGCAUUGAUCAACACGUGUGGGAUGAAUGAAAAGAAAGAGAAGUGGGGAGAGAGGAUGAGGGGUGUCGGGUUUGUAGCUGAUGUUUUCCGGGAGGAUGUGAUGGAAGGAGCUCGAUCGCUGUUGAGGAAAUACGACGGCAACUGGGAUCUGAGAGCUGAAGACAGAAAUGGAUGCGUGGAGUUAUGGUGGAAAGGCCAAGCUGUUUCAUUUUGCUCCCUGUGGAAAAUAGACGCUAAAACUAGUGACACCACCACCAACCAUUAACAAAUAAUUCUAGAUUUUCUGUAUUUUCGUAUCAGUUUUCUCUAAUUCUCAUGUAAGUCUCAAAAACUUCAUGCUCGCAUGUCCCAUCAAUAUCAUGAAUCGCAUUUGCGAAAAGAAAAUAAACAUUCAAAUGAACAACGAGCAGG